UGUGCGCAUGUACUAUUCGUGUGUUUAGCGGCAUGUUAGCUUGUAUCUCUCAUCCUCUGUUCUGUUUCUUCCGUUAGUGUUCCGAACACCAAACAUGUGACUCUGACGGUUUCAUUUUCAGACAUCGGUUUUAAGGAUUUUAGCACAAUAAUCAUAGCAAGUUUCGUGUGGUGCUUCUACAGUCUCACUUGAAUGAAAACUGAAAAGCCAACAACAACAACCACCAAAAAAGAAAACAAAAAGUAACCAUAAUAAAAAAGGUGAACUCUUUUCUCGUCUUCAAUUUCCUCAAAAGCCUUGUGUGAGUUGAAGAGUGAAGGUUCAUUUCAACUUUUUGCCAUGGCUUCUACUUCUAUAAUGAGUUUUGGGGUGUCACCCUUUUCUGCAAUGAGGCCUCGUUUUCGAGUUCAAGCUCAGAACUUGGACGGUCCAGUAAUCCCCACCAACACAGUAUUGCCAUCUGAAUCAGAUUCAGCAGUGACUGCAAUAAAUGGAGUUUCUUCUUCUUCCUCACUUGUUCUUGAUACAAAGCAUGAAAAAAAUGAUUCCUUUAUUGUUGAGAAGAACAAGGAAAAUGGGAAGUUGAUAGUUGAAGAGAAGAGGAAGGGCAAUGAUGCAGAUGAUGCUAUGGUUUUGGAACCCCUUUGGGAUGAUGGGUAUGGUACUCAAACAGUGGAAGAUUACUUUGCAGCAGCAAAAGAGAUUAUCAAUGGUGAUGGUGGCCCACCAAGGUGGUUUUGCCCAGUUGAGUGUGGUUCUCCUUUGAAAAACUCUCCCACUCUUCUCUUUCUACCCGGGUUGGAUGGUACAGGAUUUGGCCUCACUUUGCACCACAAAGCUCUUGGGAAGGCUUUUGAAGUUCGUUGCUUGCACAUUCCUGUUCUUGAUAGAACACCGUUUGAAGGACUGGUGAAACUUGUUGAAGAAGCUAUUAAGGUUGAGUAUGCUUUGGCUCCGAAUAAACCGAUAUAUCUGGUAGGUGAUUCCUUUGGCGGAUGCCUAGCACUCGCUGUUGCUGCACGCAAUCCAACAAUCGACCUGGUUCUGAUAUUAGUCAAUCCAGCUACAUCCUUUGGCAGAUCCCAGUUGCAACCUUUGUUUCCUAUCUUGGAAGCUUUGCCCAAUGAACUGCAUGUUACCGUUCCCUUUCUUCUUAGUUUCGUUAUGGGCGAGCCAAUGAAGAUGGCAUCAGUCAGUAUCGAAAACAGUCUUCCACCUGCAAAGAAACUAGAACAAUUAUCAUCCAAUCUAACUGCAUUGCUGCCAUGUCUUCCUGAGUUGGCUAAUAUUAUGCCAAAGGAAACUCUUAUUUGGAAGCUUAAGCUUAUUAAAACAGCAGCUGCCUAUGCCAACUCACGUCUCCAUGCGGUUAAAGCUGAAGUACUCGUGCUUGCUAGUGGCAAAGAUAACAUGCUUCCCAGUAAAGAUGAAGCUCAAAGACUAGCACGUUCGAUACAAAAUUGCAGAGUCCGUAAUUUUAAGGACAGCGGACACACCCUUCUAUUGGAAGAUGGCAUUGGUUUGUUGACAAUCAUCAGGGGAACUUGCAUGUACCGCCUUUCAAGAAGACAUGAUUUGGUCAGGGAUUACAUUCCCAUCAGUAUGAAUGAAUUCAAAACUGCAAUGGAUAUAGUUGGAUUGUUGCGCUUUCUUACCGGUUCUGUCGUGUUCUCAACAUUGGAGGAUGGAAAGAUUGUGCAAGGUCUUGAUGGUGUUCCGGUCGAGGGUCCUGUCAUAUAUGUUGGUUAUCAUAUGUUGCUUGGAGUAGAUCUUCCCUCACUUGUGGAAGAAUUUAUAACUCAGAAGGGUAUCGUGCUUCGAGGAAUAUCCCAUCCUGAGCUUUUUGAAGGAAGAAGGGAGAAUGCUUCUUCUGAGUUUGGUGUAUUUGAUUGGAUGAAGAUAUUUGGUUCAGUGCCUGUUUCAGGAAGCUAUCUUUUCAAAUUACUUAAGAACAAUUCACAUAUUCUUCUAUAUCCUGGUGGUCAACGCGAGGCUCUGCAUUAUAAGGGGGAAGAGUACAAGGUAAUUUGGCCGGAUCAUCCAGAGUUUGUGCGUAUGGCGGCGCGAUUUGGCGCUACAAUCGUGCCAUUUGGUACUGUGGGCGAAGAUGAUAUAGCUGAUAUAGUUCUUGACUUCAAUGACUUAGCAAAGAUCCCUUAUUUCAUAGAAUAUGUCAGAGAAUUGCAGCGAGGCUCGGUUAAGUUCAGAGAUGAGAUAAGUGGUGAGGUAGCAAGCAGAGAUAUAGCUCCACCAUUGAUUCUUCCAAAAUUGCCUGGAAGAUUCUACUAUCUAUUUGGGAAGCCAAUAAGCACAAAAGGGAUGGAGAACAUGCUUAAAGACAGAGAAGCUGCCAACAAACUAUACCUUAAAAUUAAGUCAGAAGUUGAGAACAAUAUGGGUUACUUGCUCAAGAAAAGGCAGGAGGAUCCGUACAGGAAUUUCAUUGAUAGGAGGUUAUAUCAGACACUUUACCCUCGCUCUGAAUCUGAUCAAACUCCAACAUUCAAGAUUUGAAUGAGAAAUGCUUCAUGUGCUACACUAUUCUUGCUCUUAGUGUAUUCAUAAUAAUUAUUUGGAAGCUCAUUAUUAUGUACAUGCAUGAUGAUCAUAUUUAUAAUAGUGAAAUAAAAGAAAAUUAUGCUUUCUUUGA